AUGGAGCAGCAGGCGGUUCAGGUGGAUCGAGAAACUUUCUCCUGUUCCAUCUGUCUGGAUCUACUGAAAGAUCCAGUGACUACUCCCUGUGGACACAGCUACUGUAUGAACUGCAUUACAAAGUUCUGGGAUGAAGGUGAGAAAAAGGAAAACUACCACUGUCCUCAGUGCAGCACAACCUUCACACAGAAGCCUGACCUGCAGAAAAACACCAUGCUAGCAGCUUUAGUGGAGCAGCUGAAGAAGACUGGACUCCAAGCUGCUCCUGCUGACCACAGUUAUGCUGGACCUGAAGAUGUGGCCUGUGAUUCCUGCACUGGAAGAAAACUGAAAGCCUUCAAGUCCUGUUUAGUCUGUCUGGCCUCUUUCUGUGAGAAACACCUUCAGCCUCAUUUUGUUUCAGUUGCAUUUAAGAAACACAAGCUGGUGGAGCCGUCCAAGAACCUCCAGGAGAACAUCUGCUCUAAGCAUGAUGAGGUGAUGAAGAUGUUCUGCCUCACUGAUCAGAAGUGUAUCUGCUAUCUCUGCUCUGUGGAUGAACAUAAAGGCCAUGAAACUGUGUCAGCUGCAGCAGAAAGGACUGAGAGGCAGAGAGAGCUGGAGGAGAGACGAGGAAACAUCCAGCAGAGAAUCCAGGACCAGGAGAAAGAUGUGAAGCUGCUUCAACAGGAGGUGGAGGCCAUCAAUCGCUCUGCUGAUAAAACAGUGGAGGACAGUGAGAAGAUCUUCACCCAGCUGAUCCGUCUCCUCCAGAAAAGAAGCUCUGAGGUGAAGCAGCAGAUCAGAUCCCAGCAGGAAACUGAAGUGAGUCGAGUCAAAGAUGUUCAGGAGAAGCUGGAGCAGGAGAUCACUGAGCUGAAGAGGAAAGACGCUGAGCUGGAGCAGCUCUCACACACAGAGGAUCACAACCAGUUUCUCCUCAACUACCCCUCACUGCCAGCACUCAGUGAGUCUACACACUCAUCCAGCAUCAACAUCCGUCCUCUGAGACACUUUGAGGACUUGACAGCAGCUGUAUCAGAGCUCAGAGACAAACUACAGGACGUCCUGAAAGACUCAUGGACAAACAUCUCACUGAUGGUCACUGGGGCGGAUGUUCUACUGUCACAACCAGAACCAGAACCAAAGAGCAGAGCUGGAUUCUUAAGAUAUUCAUGUGAAAUCACUCUGGAUCCAAACACAGCAAACACAUGGCUGAGACUAUCAGAGGGGAACAGGAAGGUGACAGUAAUGGAUCAUUAUCUGUCUUAUUCUAGUCACCCAGACAGAUUCACUGGAUAUUUUCAGGUUCUGAGUAGAGAGAGUCUGUCUGGACGUUGUUACUGGGAAGUGAAGUGGAGAGGGGAACCAGUUUCUGUAGCAGUCGCAUACAAUAGUAUCAGUAGGGUAGGAUCGGGUAAUGAAUGUGCUUUUGGAUAUAAUGAUAAAUCUUGGGCAUUGCAUUGUUACCAAAGCAAUAGUAAUUUUUGGCAAAACAACAUUUCAACCUCCAUCUCAGGUCCAGUUUCCUCCAGAGUCGGAGUGUACCUGGAUCACAGAGCAGGUAUUCUGUCCUUCUACAGCGUCUCUGAAAGCAUGACUCUCCUCCACAGAGUCCAGACCAGAUUCACUGAACCGCUACUGGCUGGAGUUUCGCUUGCAGAAUCUGCUGAGUUCUGCAAACUUAAAUAACAAGAUUGUCUUACUUUAUUGCUCUGUUAUUGGGUCUCUGGUGUCAAUAUCUGUUCAUGUGUUUGACCAGGAAUGUAAUUGAUCAUGUUUUUGUGUAAUAUUCAUAUUGAUUUAUUUCUUAUUUCUCUAUUGGAUUGUAUUCUUAUUUCUCUGUUUGUCCACUUCCUGCUUUUGAAGUGGUCUCUGGCCCGCCUGGUGUUCACAUAUGCAUUUAGACCACACCAGAUUUCACUUCAACCGAACCAAGAAUGAGGUUUGUAGGUGGAUCAGGAUUCAAUUGCAAAAAGUUCUCCAAACAAAUCAGACUUUCUAGGCAAAAGAGCCAAAGUCUCAUUAAAGUGGACUGAACAGGGUUAAUGUGAACGGAAAUAUUUGUAGCCUACUCCUUUAAAAUAUUUUUGUGCCUACAUUUCAUAAUUAUAUAAAUUACUUGUGUGACCAUG